CCAUCCUAACUACGCCACUGAUGGUAGAUUCCCGCUAAGUUGUAAAGAACUUAGAGAUUUUAGUGUUCUGUUGGUUUGUGAGUCUCGAUUACUUGAUUUAGUUUAUUAAUUAUUCAAUCAAGGUAACUAUUUAUCUUCAUUUUUUAAAUGUUUGCCAUAGAUGUACUACACUACCUAUUCUGCUAUACCCUUGGACACGUCCACAAGUUCUGUGUGUUACCCUUAGUCAGACGGCUGUGAAUAAAGAGCUUAAAAAAGUACACAUUGGGUUUAUUACACUUCGACCACCAGUGGACAAUAGUUAUGCACGCGCUGUGUGUUGCAAGAGUCACACCUGGGGCUGCGUAGCCAUGGGAAAUACUGCAUUAUUCAUUAACCUUCGGAUUCGAAAACACGCCCCUUAUUACAAUGUCGGAUUUAUUGUUGAUCUAGCCACACAAGAACAUUUGAAAGUUUUCAACGAUCUUCCACUGACUGACAUUCCAGAGAACUAGAUCUAAAAGCAAGAUCGAAACAAUUAAGAUGAAAUUACCACGGACUUUAAUUGUUUCUUACACAAUUCUCUGUAGCUGUAGUGCUGCUAUUCUAGUCAAGCCGAUUCUGGACUCUUCAGUGGACAUCCAAGCAGUGACCAACACAUCGGCAGUGACUGUCAUGAGAUGUGCAAUGAAAUGUUUGUCACAGAGAGACACCUGUCAAGGUUUCACCUACAACAAUGUUACAACUAACUGUGUCUUAGGCUCCACAAUCACUUUGGUGCCAACAAGAAGAAUCAAUGAUAGAGUUUUCAAGAUGUUUGCGGAGAACAAAACUUUUGCACCAACAACCCAGACGGCAUCAACAUCCCAGACAACAACAAAGACAACAUCGCCGAUUCUAACCUCAUUACUAGAAACAACGACAAAUCAAAUGAGCAGUGCAAGAAAUCAAUCAGGACAGACAGUCAACUCUUGUUCCACAAACUUCACACUCUCUGCCAACACUUCUACAUGUCUCUGGUUCUCCGGUACAUUUAAUCGUACUGAUAGAACUAUUGCAGCCCUGGAGUGUCGUGCUAAGGGAGCUUAUCUGGUUAGCAUUACCAGCCUGUCUAAGUUACAGUAUGUCAAUGUAACCUACAGCCCCUCGAUGUGGGUUGGUCUAAGUUUUAAUUCAACAAUGAACAUGUAUGUCUGGGAUGAAGAUGGCAGUGAACUGUCCAAUGCAACAUACCGUAACUUGUUUGUUUCAGGUCAGCCAUAUCCCCCAACUUAUGACUGUGUGUCUCUCAACCUCAAAUUAAAAGAAAUGCGAUGUAACGACACAGUAGCCUAUUUAUGUGAACAUCGACCAUUCAAGAAUGUUACUGAGUAACUAAUGACAAGAAUGUUACUGAGUAACUAAUGACAAGAUUGUUACUGGUAACUUUUGACAAGUUUGCUUCAAGUGGACUUGAGUAAACUACUACUUGAACCAUGUGAAUCGCCCACCACUAGAUAUCAAGGUGACACAAUCUUACUCAAUCAAAGCCAAAUAGAAAUAUGUUCAUAUUCUUGUACAAUAGAUUGUUGUGAUUGAGACAUUUGGAUGGGUUCAUUUUUUUUUCUUUUAUUUAUGUUUAAAAACAAAGUCUUUUAGUUUACUGUUUUAAUGAGUUCAGUUAUGCACAAGUUUAGAUGAAUUGCACUUACCAAUACAGUAAACUUAUUACUGUAAUGUGAAAUUGAACAUGUCCAUAAUGUCAUUUUCUCUUAUUUUUAUAUUUUUCAAAAACUUAUAUAAUUGAUAUUUUUUUCACCACUUUAUAUUUCUACAUUGUCAUUAAAAUCUAAAAAAACUGAAAUGUGACAUUUGUCUUCCUCAUUUUUAAUUAUCUGAAACCUACAUGCAGCAGUGACCAAGAAACCUACAUGUAGCAGUGACCAUAAAACCUACAUGCAGCAGUGACCAUAAAACCUACAUGCAGCAGUGACCAUAAAACCUACA